AUGGCAAAACCGCUUUUCCUGUCUUUGUCGUUGUUUUGCUUGGUGCCGAAUUUUGGAACUCGCGAAGAAAGCAGUUUGGAGGAAUGCGCUCGAAGCUGUGUGGAGCUGCGCGAGCGCCUGAAGAUGGUGGUGGACGCGCAGUGCAAGGAGCAGCUUGUCAAAGAGUUCGAUGCCAUCGCUGUAUAUGACAAGGCCGACAAGCGUGCUGCUGAUCUCGUCAAAAUCCUAAUGGCGCGCAAACUGUGGGAGGAGAACGCGAUGAUUAUUAAGAAUUUGGAUGGCAGUGAACCAGCUCCGGAAAAUGUGAUAUUCAAUUUGCAGAAUGCAUACGAAUCGCUUUCAGAGUUUAUGGAUGUGCCGAAACGUGCCGAUUUUCUGGAGAAAGUGAAGGAUGUUUAUUUGAGCUGGUAUUCCACACGCAUUGUAUUAGCAUUACAAUGGGCAGGUGUAGUGUUGGAAACUCCAAGUGUCUUUCUGACAGAUGCGUUCAAUGAAGGUAUACAAGCACAGGAAGAAGAAAUAAAGACUGCGUGCGUAAACACGAUUGGAAAAACUCUAGAUGAGGAUCUGUCCGGCUCAAACACGCUCAAAAUGGUUCUCGAGUUCAAAACAAUGUUGACCAAGUACUGUGCACGGCCAGGUGAUGACAAUUCACUUGCGGAGUGCAUUAUCCAGUUUGGUGAGCUUCUUUUGCUGCAUACAGCCGGCGAAUAUUCCAAGCUCGCGACUUCAUUUUUGGCGCAUUGCUCCAACAUUUCUAUGGAUUCCAUGACAACGUCUGGUUGUUUGGAGCAACUAACAAACUGGGUUUCGCAACUUUCCCAGGAAAGCGAUUACCUGGUGCAUACGACAAAGGAAACUUUUGAUAGUCUUGCGAUUAUCUAUCUGACGAUGUAUGAAAAUGUGGUGUCAGUUUUGGUGCGAUUUCACAAGGUGCAUAUGGAAAGGAGUAAUGUGAAAGAGGAGGAUGUGCUGCGAUUGGUUAGCAUCUCAGGACAGCUGAUGGCAUGGAUUGAUAAUGAUAAGCAGCGAUUGAAGGAUUUGUUGGAGUAUUUUAGAAUGGGUGGGAGGGAUCCUGUCAUCAACAAACUGUCACACAAGCUAUCGCCUGAAAUUUCGGCUUUUCGAGAGAAAUUGUCCGGUUGGUUCUAG